AUGACUUCAAAGAGUAGUAAUGGUGGUGGAUUGUUUUCCUCAAUCAAGUCUAGCUUACUGUGGAAUAACGGAAAGCUCCCUCAAGGAGUGGAAGUUAUAAGUCCAGAAGGAGACACAGCGGAUGCAGCACCAGAAGCUACUAAAGGAAGAUUAAAGCCAGAGGAACGAGUGGGUUUAUGGAAUAUGAUGAAGAAGCACAUUGGUAUGGACAUUACGUAUUUAGGGUUUCUUCCAAUCUCCUUUUUAGAACCAAGAAGCCAACUUCAGAGAGGAGCGGAGUCGAUGGAGUACUCUCAUUUGUUGGAUCAAGCAAAUGAAUGUGAUGAUCCUUACAUGCAAUUGGUGUACGCUUCAUCAUGGUCAAUGUCCUUCCUCUAUGCCAUACGCCGGACGUUUAAGACAUUUAAUCCCAUACUUGGUGAGACUUGUGAAUUUGUCAAUCACAAUGGCAUUACGUAUAUUGGAGAGCAGGUGAGUCACCAUCCCCCAAUAGAAGCUGUACAUGCUGAGAAUGAACAUUUUAUGUUGGACUCCACAACCAGUUUAAGGACCAAACUGUUAGGAAAUUCACUUGAUGUCUAUGUUGGCACAAGUACACAUAUUACCCUAAAAAGAGAUGGUGUUGUCCUGGAGUGCACCCCUCCUCAGGCAAAACUAUACAACCUUAUAUUUGGCCGAAUGUGGAUUUCCUUUUGCGGCAAUCUAACUUUGACGAACUUGGCCACUGGAGACUACGUUGUGCUAAGGUUUCAACCAUCUGGCUGGUUUAGUGGUGAUCGCUUUGAGGUGGAUGGAUGUGUUUACAAUUCUAACAAGGAGCCUAAAAUACUUAUGUCUGGGAAAUGGACAAAGUCUAUGAGUUAUCAACCAUGCGAUAAGGAAGGAAAACCGCUUCCAGGAACUGAACUACAAGAGAUAUGGAGAGUUCCUGAUAUUCCAGUGAAGGAUAAAUAUCACUUCACAUACUUUGCACACAAGGUAAACAGCUUCGACACUGCGCCCAAGCGGAUGUUGGCAUCAGACUCCCGCUUGCGUCCUGAUAGAUAUGCACUUGAGAAGGGAGAUCUGUCAAAAGUUAGCCAUGAGAAAAACAGUCUAGAAGUGAGACAGCGUAAGGAGAGGAUAAAGAGAGAAGCCAAUGGCGAUAAGUUCACUCCAAAAUGGUUUGACUUGGCUAAACAAGUAGUAAGUACACCAUAUGGCGAUACACAAAUUUACAAAUACAAUGGUAUGUACGAUGAACACAUGGCAACAAUGAUCAGCACCGGUGAGGUUGAUGUGCAACCGACUGAGUUUAAUCCUUGGCAGUAUGGACAAGAGAAACUGGGUUAA